CGCCGCAACAGCUCCUCCAUCCGCCGCCCAUCGACGACGACUCCUCCUCCGCCCAAACAUCCGCCCGCCGUCGGCGACUCCUAUUAACCAGGAUCAGUAGUCUUCCCAGUGAUCCUGGAACCCCCGGAGUUCUCCUGAGCCUAAGUCUUGUGUUUCUAGUCCUGGGACCUGCUUGUGUUUCUAGCCGCAAUGGAUGUCUCUUCUUCUCAUCGUGACAUUCUCUUAGAAGCCGCCUCCUCAAGCGAGCAACAAUUGGCGAUAAUAACACCAUUUGUUGAGAAGAAUUGCGCAACGAGAGAUAUUGAAAUGACGGACAAUGCACCCGAUGACUCUAUCUUAGACACUAGCAUUCCACUAGAUGAUAUUACUCCAUUUGAAGGGAAGGAGUUCAUAAGUGACGAAGAUGCAUACCACUAUUACAAUGCUUAUGCAAAGAAAUUUGGGUUUGGAAUUCGCAAAGACACUUUGGAGAAGUCAAAGAAGGCUUCAGGGAAGAUUCUUUCCAGAACAUUUGUAUGCAACAAAGCAGGGAGAAAGGUGCCGAGGGAAAAUGAAAGUGGAAUAAUUAUCAACCGUCGACCGGAAACUAGAAUUAAUUGUGAUGCAAAAUUGAAGAUUAGGUUGACUUCUUCAAAAAGGUGGAAGGUUACUAAGUUUAUUGCAGAACAUGUUCAUGCUUUAACAAGUCCUGACAAAGUAGCACAUCAUUAUUCUCACAAGCAACGACAUCGAUCAAAGACUUGUAGAAGCUUUAUUGAUAGCUUGCAUGAAGAGGGAAUGAAGCCCUCUACUAUUAAUCGCGUGGUAAAUGUUUUUUUCAAGGGAGAAGAUGACGAACGAGUCACCACACAACAAGUAAUCGAUCAUAUCAGAACAACAAGGCAUAAUAAUAUUGGCACUGAAUGCUUAACUAUUGUUAGACAUUUUCAAGAUAGGAGGGAAUCAGAUCCAGAUUUUUAUUUCGCUAUGGAGGUCGAUCAUCUUGGUAUUAUGAGGAGUGUGUUCUGGGCCGAUGGAAGAGCUAGAGCAUCUUAUUUGAGUUUUGGAGAUGUGGUAGUCUUUGAUACUACAUACAAGACUAAUCAUUUGAGUUUACCUUUUGCUCCAUUUACGGGAGUAAACCACCAUCGACAAUCCGUCCUCUUUGGUUGUGCAUUGCUUGCGGACGAACAAGAGGGGACCUUCACGUGGUUAUUUUCUCAAUGGCUCAAGUGUAUGCACGGGAUCGCCUCAAAGGCUAUCAUAACUGAUCAAGAUGCACAGAUGAGAAAGGCUAUCAAUGAAGUUUUGCCGAACACUCGUCAUCGUUUUUGUUCUUGGCAUAUUAGAAAGCAUAUUGCCGAGCAACAAGUAAAGUUGAUGAGCAAAUACGGGGAUGAGAUGCCUACAUAUUUCAAUAGUUGGUACUAUGCUAGAAAUAUAAGCAAGUGUGAGGAGCUAUGGAAAGUCAUGAAGGAGAAAUUUGGUAUAGAAGAAGAUGAAGAUAGUUGGCUAACAAGAAUGUAUAAGUUGCGUGAACAUUGGGUGGAUGCAUACUUGAAGGAUUGUUUUUGGGCGGGAAUGACAACAAGCCAAAGGAGUGAAAGUAUCAACUCCUUUUUCGAUGGUUUUGUCAAUGCAAAUACUAAUCUUGUUGAGUUUGUUGGCCAAUAUGACAAGGCAGUCACAACUCAUCGUGGAUCAGAAUCUCAUGAAGACUUCAUGACUUUGAAUACUGUGCCCGUGAUGAGUUUCUCAAGUCCAAUUGAAGCACAAGUGGGAAGGGCAUACACGAGGGUGAUGUUGAAGAUGUUUCAAAAGGAGCUUGGUGAUGUGAUGUCAUUACAUUAUGAAGAAACAUCGAAGGAGGAGUUAAAAGUUGUAUAUUCAGUUGGCAAGUUUUCUGAAGAAAGAAAAAAUUGGGAAGAUGUAACUUAUGAAAAGAAUGGAGAGCUUAAAGUUGCAUGCACUUGUGCAUUUUGGGAAACCGAAGGGGGUGCUUUGUAAGCAUAUUUUGUUUAUCUUAUGGCUAAAUCAAAUAACAUCUAUUCCGGAUAAGUAUAUCUUACAUAGAUAGAAAAUUGAUGCAAGAUAUAGGCAUUUUGGCUUUGUUGAUGCUACGAAGUCGCGGAAAAAUGAAGAAAGCACGGAGCGGGAGAGUAUUAUAAGAUUAUGGGCUUUACGAGGAAACUUCAAUGAGGCAUUUGAUAUGGCGGCGGGCUCAAAUGAUCUUCUUUCUAAGUUAGAGCAACUCAUAAACAACUUCAUUACGGAAGCGGGAAAGGAAGUAAGGGGCAAGAUAGUUCAAACUCGGGAUUCUCAAGUUGGAAGUGAAGUUGACUCAAAUACUAAUGUGAUCGUAUUGAAAGAUGGUGAGGAGAUUACGGUUCGUGGUCCUCUCGAACCCGCAAAACCAAAGGGACGUCCAAGAAAUUCCACUAGGAUUAAAAGUGGCUUUGAAGAAUCGGAAGAACAAAAGGAGGUGAAACAACGAAAAUGUGGUCAUUGUCAACAAUUGGGUCACUAUAGGACGGGUUGUCAAUUGUUG